AUGAGCAGCCCUAUCAAUUAUUCCAAGUUUGACCAGAUCGAUGUGAGCUCGUCAGACGACGAACGGAAAAGUAGGAAGCCUCAACUAACAACACUAGGGAAGAAGGACAAAGUUGUGCUGUCGCCUAGCGGAUUAACCAUUUUGAAAGGCGGAGAUGGAGAAAUAAACGGCACAGGUGUGUGCAAAAGCACCAAUCAGGAAAAAAACGAAGCGCACAUCGAAAGGGAAUCCCUCGGGGAGACCAAAAAUGGUGUUGCACAAACGGAUAAGAACGAAGAUGCUCUGAAAAAUAAAAGAAAUCUGGAAAAUAUGAUAACAAAUGGAGCUGUUGUUCCCUUUAAGUACAUAUGGAAUCAGUCGGUACAAGAAAUUAACGCUUAUAUUGCUUUACCAUUGUACACGAAAGCAAAAUCGCUAGUUGUACAAAUAAAGGAAGAUAAAAUGGUUGUUAAAAAGGUUGUAAAGCAGGGAGAAGCAGCACAUAUUAAGGAUGUACAAAGCACAAAUGGCACUUCCAACCAUGAGGAAGUGCUAAUUGAUAGGACAUUCCCCUAUAAGGUAAGCGAGGAUGAAGACACCCAACUGUGGGAAGUAAAAAACAUAAAAAUAAACUGGGAGGACAUUUUCCAUCUCGCUAAUAAAGUGAAUAAUCAAAAUUUACACUUCAACUUUGGAGAAAAUUCAAUCGAGAAGGAAGAAACAUUUUUAUGUAUUAAUAUAAAAAAAAAAUACGACUUUGAGGGCUUCUACGUUUGGUGGGCAUGCUUAUUCAAAGAUGAUCAGCCAAUAAACUUAUCCAGCUUGCCAACUCGUAAAGCAAUGAGCAACACAGGGAGCAGCAGCACGUCGUUCAAAAAUAUCUGGCAAGAAGCCCAUGAAACGUUUAAGAAAAACAUAUCCAAAAGGGGCCUCCCCCGUCGUGUCGAUCUGUGA